AUGUCGAAUGAAGAUUCUGAAUAUCUAUCUUUGUUAGAGUUACAAAGAAAAAACUUUGAGGCACAGUUUGGUAGCCUUGAAAGUAUUGGAUACGAAGAUAAGUCCAAAAACGUGCACGACAGUGAAUCUUCAGAAUCAGAUAGCGAGGAACAGUCUUCCACGAGUGAAUCACAAAGUGAGGAAGAAGAAGAACAACAACAAGAGGAGGAAGACGAAGAAUUUCAUGGUUUCAGCGAUUACGAUCAAGAAGUAUCGGAUGAAGAAAGUGAAUCAAAUAAUGAACCUGCUCCAGUGGUGGUCAAAUUCUCGGAUUCUACUAGGGCUUCUAGUAAUGUUCCAUUGAAAAAUAGCUCAAAGUUUUCAAGAAAAGGUAAAAUACCGUCUUUGCAAAGUAUGGAAAUCAAGGAACAGCUUCAACAGAUCGAAAUAGAAUCAGAGCUUCUUAAAGGCGGAACUUCGAAGGAAGAUAUGGAGAAUAUGCAAAAGGACAUUGAACUUCAAAGAUUAUUAUCAGAAUCCCAUAUCCUUUCCUCUGCAUCCUCAAGCUCCCAAUAUUCUGGGGCAGACCUCACCAUGAAGACCAUUGAUGCUGAUCCUUUUGGAAAAACCAGAGCAAAGACCAUGACUCAAAGACUCCGAAACUUAUCGGAGACCACUGCUGGACAACUGAGGAAACUUGAAAAAAUGCCAAUGAACAUGAGAAAAGGGAUUUUGAAGAAAGAAGUGGAGAGAGUCAGAAAGUUUGAAGAACUGGCGAAGAACAGUGGCACGAUUUUGGCGAAGACAGGGAAAUAUGAAUUAAGAGAUUUGAAUAUGGGUAGAGCCAAUAAAGUCGGAAUCAAGUCCGAUUUGAUCGGGAAGCAUACCAUUGGUAGGAAGAAAUUGCAAGAACAAUUUUCCCAUAGAAAGAAAGGGUUGCAAAUCCAAGCUGUUGGUAGAAGUACUAGAAAUGGUCUUAUUGUUAGCGAGAAAGAAUUUUCUUCAAUGAUUGGCAGUGGAAAUAAAGGAAAGCGAGGAAAAAAAAGAAGAUAA